CUUCCAUUACUUUUCUCUGUAAUUCUUAUUCUUCUUCGUUCAAAGUUUCCAUUCCAGUGUGUUCAACAAUCGGACUCGGACUCCAUACUAACUCAGACGCAGAACUUGAAAGCUUUAUCCCUCCGUCUUCAACCUUCGGAUUCUCAUCGUUUUCCUUUUCAAGGUUAUUAAAGGAUCUUAUUAUGCCAUAUGGGUAUAUCUAGUUCCUGUCCAUUUGCAGAGUAUAUUGAUUUGGGGAAUAGUUUAGAAUCCAUUUUGAUAAAAUCCGGUAGUUUUGGAGAUGAAGGAAAAACUCUAAUGCGGUCCAUUAGUUUCACAAGCAGUGAUUCAGAAUCAAAAGUAUUGAAAUCUGUUGGUUCUGGGAAUGUAUCUUUGGAAGCGCCGACUGAGACUUCGUUAGAAACUGGAAAUGACAUUGUUGGUGAAUCGAUCAGCCCGAAGAGUGAAGAGUUUGAUAAACAAUCUCUAAAUUCGGAUAAUGAUAUAAGAAGAUUCCAAUUGUUACCAGUUUUGGAUCCAAACAAUCCCAAGCAUGCUGCUGCUUUAAAAUUGCAGAAAGUGUAUAAAAGCUUCCGCACCAGAAGAAAGCUAGCAGAUUGUGCAGUUCUUGUUGAACAAAGCUGGUGGAAACUCUUGGACUUUGCUGAACUCAAGCGAAGCUCUAUAUCGUUCUUCGACAUGGAAAAACGAGAGUCUGCUAUCUCACGGUGGUCGAGAGCGAGAACUAGAGCAGCUAAGGUUGGAAAAGGCUUAUCCAAGAAUGCUAAAGCUCGAAAACUUUCUUUGCAGCAUUGGCUCGAGGCGAUUGAUCCGCGACAUCGCUACGGCCACAACUUACAUUUUUAUUACAUGAAAUGGCUUCAUAGUCAGAGUAAAGAACCCUUCUUCUACUGGUUGGAUAUAGGAGAAGGGAAGGAAGUAAAUCUAGUGGAAAAAUGCCCAAGAUGGAAACUCCAGCAGCAGUGCAUCAAGUAUUUGGGUCCUAUGGAAAGGCUUGCAUACGAAGUAAUUGUGGAAGAUGGGAAACUUGUAUACAAACAAUCAGGGAAACUCGUCCACACAACUGAAGAAGCUAGAAAUACAAAAUGGAUUUUUGUCCUAAGCACGUCGAAGAUCAUGUAUGUUGGAAAGAAGAAGAAAGGUACAUUCCAGCACUCGAGCUUCUUGGCUGGAGGAGCUACAACUGCUGCUGGGAGAUUGGUUGUGGACAAUGGUGUUCUAAAGGCUGUUUGGCCUCACAGCGGACACUAUCGACCCACGGAAGAAAACUUCAAGGACUUCAAGUCAUUCCUUAGAGAGAACAAUGUGGAUCUUACUGACGUGAAGACGACUCCUGUUGAUGAGAGGGAUGAUGGCUUUGAAAGCCAAGAGGGUAUCCAUCACGUUAGGAACCACUCAUUCGAGGAGGACUUCAUCGUCAAGCUGAAUGGCUUUGAAAGUGAAGAGAACCAUACGGAAGAAUCAACUGAAGGAAAAACUGAUUCAUUUGAGCAAAAACAGUCUUCCAUGGAACUAUCUGAUUUAAAGCGUCAUAACAUUGGCAAAAAAUUGACCAAUCUUGAGAUACCAAACAGGGAUGAAGUGAUUGCGAUGUUUGAGAGAGAACAACAAGAUGUGGGAAGCAGUGGUAAUAAUGAUUUGCUAUUGGAAUCCCCUGUUGAAGAUAGUUCAUUAUCUCCAAAGCCGAACAUCUCUGAAGAUCAAGGGAAUACUAAAGCGAAGAUCAUUCACGAAGAGUCGGUCGUUAGAAGGUUAAAUUCACAUAAAGAAGUCAAAUCAUAUCAACUAGGGAAGCAGUUAUCUUGCAGAUGGACAACAGGAGCAGGUCCUCGCAUAGGCUGCGUGCGAGACUAUCCAUCAGAGCUUCAGCUACGAGCACUCGAGCAAGUGAGCUUAUCACCGAAAAGCACAGCGCAUUCUUUGCAUCGCUGCUAUCCUUACAUCGCCGGUGAGCUGUUAUCUGGCCAACUUCCCGGGCCAGCCACCAUAUAACAGCAAACAUAAGAAGAUGACUGUCCAUUCCUAGACAUGAUCCUCUUGCAUUUUUUUAUCAGAGGAACAUCAAUGAAUGGAGCAGAUAGCAGACCAGAAUGGCUUAUAGAUUCCUUAUAUGUUCAUUCUUUUGUACAUACACAAAAAGAUAAUGUAGGAAUUGUUUGUGCUUUAGAUUUUUUCCUACUAACCCAUAUAUUCUUUUUUGUGUAACAAAGGGAAACUCCACAAUUUUUCCUAUUCCAUUUCUUGUCAUUAUGAAUACAAGCAACGUUCUAGAGUCUCA